AUGAAGUUCAGUCGCCGAUUAGUUCUUCUUAAAAAAGUUAAACUAUUGAAAUUGUUGGCAUUAGAAAAUGAAAAAAAUAAUAGGAAAUAUAAAAAAAGAUUCUGGAUACGCCAAAUUUACCAAGAACGAAAGCAGAAGGGGGAGUUUCAUUUACUGAUACAGGAUUUGAAGCUAUAUGAUCAUCAACUGUUUUUCCAAUACUUUCGUAUGUCUCCUUCUGAUUUGGAAACGUUACUGUCUUGGGUAGCUCCCCUUGUUGUAAAGAAAGAAACAAGAAUGCGAGAAUCGAUCAAACCAAGUGAAAGAUUAUGUGUUACUAUGAGAUACUUAGUUACUGGAGAUGCACAAGUGACUAUUGCCUCAAACUUUCGAAUGAGCCCAACUGUUGUAGGAAGGAUUAUCCCCGAAACAUGUAGGGCCAUAUGGGAUGCUCUAUCUGACAAAAACUAUCUUAAACCUCCAAACUCCCCAGAAGAAUGGCAACAUGUAGCUCAGGAAUUUUAUAAAAAAUGGAACUUUCCAAAUUGCUUAGGGGCAAUCGAUGGAAAGCAUGUUGUGAUGCAGGCCCCAGCAAGAUCAGGUUCAGCAUUCUUUAAUUAUAAAAAGCAACACAGUAUUGUGCUUAUGGCAGUGUGCAGUGCACUUUAUAAAUUUCUAAUGGUAGAUAUUGGAGAUACAGGAAGACAAAGUGAUGGUAGUGUGUAUGGGAACAGCAAUCUUGGCUAUAGCAUUGAGAAUAAUCUACUUAAUAUUCCAAAAGCAUCAAAACUACCACAGUCAAAUCGUGUGUUGCCUUUUACUUUCAUAGGUGAUGAUGCUUUUGGACUGAAACCUCACAUGAUGAAACCGUACCCACUUCAAAACUUGGCAAAAGAAAAGCGAGUAUUCAACUAUAGGCUCUCAAGAGCGCGGCGAGUAGUAGAAAAUGUAUUUGGAAUUGCUGCAAGCCGCUUUCGAAUUCUUCGCCGACCCAUCAUAAGUAAAGUCGACAAAGUUGUAUUAAUAACUAAAGCAGUGGUGGCAUUACACAACUACUUAAUGACUGUUUCCAAUGCAAAUGAUACUUAUAAUUACUGCCCAGAAAACUAUGUUGAUAGAGGAAGCCAAAACAAUAUUAUUCCAGGUGAAUGGAGAAAAGACUCUGAAAGUAUCAGUGGUAUUCAGGACUUAACAAAUUGUAGUUCAAACAAUUAUUCAAAACAGGCAGCCUUAAUUCGGGAUGAAUUUAAAUGCUAUUUCAACAAUGAAGGAGCAGUAGAAUGGCAGUGGGAUAUUGUCAAUAGUACAGGACAAAAUAAAAACUGA